ACCCGAUUGGUACACUCCGGACCUCGCUGUAACGGCGGUCACUUCAGACUUCAGAGCUCAAACAGUGGGGAAAACAGAAAGCGGAGCAAGCUAGAGCACAAGAUGCAGAGAUUGAAGGCUCUGCUACCGGAGACUAGGUGCUCAUUCCGCAGCCUUCAUCCGAGAGCCUUCUCUGCUCAACCAAACUAUGUCGAGCAUGAUGACCCGCAAGACCAGAUUUUAGUUGAAGGGAAAGCUAUAUCGAGAACUGCUAUUCUUAACAGACCAAAUACUCUUAAUGCACUCACUACUUCGAUGGUAUCCCGACUGACCAGAUUGUAUACUUCAUGGGAAGAUAAUCCUGCUAUCGGCUUUGUUUUAAUGAAGGCUAAUGGCAGGGCUUUUUGUUCUGGUGGAGACGUUGUAAGGCUUUAUCACUUAUUAAAUCAAGGAAAUGCUGAAGAAGCUAAACAGUUUUUCAAUACAUUAUAUAAGUACGCAUAUCUUCAGGGUACCUAUCUUAAGCCCCAUGUUGCUAUUUUGGAUGGUAUAACAAUGGGAUGUGGUGCUGGGAUUUCACUUCCAGGGAUGUUUCGUGUGGUAACAGAUAAAACUCUUUUUUCUAACCCUGAGGCUCAAAUGGGUUUUCAUCCUGAUGCAGGAGCUUCUUUUUAUCUCUCUCGCUUGCCUGGCUACUUGGGGGAAUACUUGGCACUUACGGGAGAGAAGCUUAAUGGUUUAGAGAUGAUUGCCUGUGGCCUUGCUACUCACUAUACACUAAAUGCUAGGCUUGCUUGGCUUGAAGAACGCCUUGGUAAGCUGGUCACGGAUGAUGCUUCUGUUGUAGAGUCAUCCCUGGCACAGUAUGGUGAUCUUGUUUAUCCAGACAGUAGGAGCAUUCUUCGCAAGAUCGAGACGAUUGAUAGAUGUUUCAGCCAUGAUACGGUUGAGGAAAUUAUUGAUGCCCUGGAGAAGGAAGCCGCCGAGUCUUAUGAUGAAUGGUGUAAGACAGCACUUGGAAAGAUAAGAGAGGCCUCUCCAUUGAGUUUGAAAAUUACUUUAAGAUCUAUUCGAGAAGGUAGAUUUGAAACUCUUGAUAAGUGUCUUGUGCGUGAAUAUCGGAUGUCACUUCGUGGAAUUUCUCAGCAGGUCUCCUCUGAUUUCCUCGAGGGUGCUCGAGCGAGGCUGGUUGAUAAAGAUUUUGCACCCAAGUGGGACCCACCUAGCUUAAAAGAAGUAUCAGAGGACAUGGUUGAAUGCUAUUUCUCCCCAUUUAAUGAAGCUGAGUCUGAAUUGGAGUUGCCAACCAACUUGCGGGAACCUUACAUGUGAGGCAUGAAUACUACCAUUAAUCGAUGCCUGUAAGCAGCAGCGAGGGUAGUCACAUUAUUAAUAGCUACGCUUCCAAACUCUACGACAAUAUUUGGGAAAUGGGUGAGAUUUUUUUGCUGUAAUAGCAUAAAAAAUGUAGCGAUCUUUUCUCGUUCUUUGGGCCUCUGGUAAGGUUGAAUGAAUUCCGAGUAGGCCUAAAUUUUUGGUGUUUAGUUGUCGCCGAAGCAGAAUAAGCUGUCUCAAAAUGAUCCAAUUUGUUGUAAUCACUCCAUUACUUCGCGUGGGAGAAUAUAAUAGGCUUUUAGUCAGAGCAAAAGCUUAGUCUGAGAGCAUCGCAUCUAAAAAAACCGGUUGAUGGUAGCUUUCUUGAGUUUUGUGAAGUAUUAUUAUUGCUGAGUUUUUA